CCCAGCCUCCGUGCCCCAGCUCACCAACUCCCCCACUCUUAUUGUGAUGGUUGGACUGCCUGCCAGGGGGAAGACAUACAUAUCCAAGAAGCUCUCCCGCUACCUCAACUGGAUAGGGGUUCCAACAAAGGGUCAGUUCACACCCACACACUAUCUGAGUUAAAUGACCUCAGGUGUGCUUGAGUACUUAUACACGUCAAUGAGGACUGGAGUUGAUUGUCUUUCCCUUAUCUAUCCUCUAUCUUCUAUCAUCAAUCACCUAUCGUCUAGUCUUCAACUUGGGCCAGUAUCGCAGGGAAGCAGUCCAGAGCUACAAGAGCUUUGAAUUCUUCAGACCGGACAAUGAGGAGGCCAUGCAGAUACGCAGGUAAGAGAUUCCUCAGGUUUGAGGGGUUGCUCUAUCUAUGUGAUGAAGCUAUGGGCAGGUCUGUGUCUGAAAUGGCACCCUUUUCCCUAUAACGCUCUACUUUUCCACUACUUUCUGGGCAUGGUCAAAGUAGCAGUGCACUAUAUAGGAAAUAGGGUGACAUUUCGGACGCAGACUAGGACUGUGGCGGUUUGUGUAUAGUAUUAUGUAACGAUUGAAUUGCUAUGUCCUUUUGUGCUGUGUGAUUGAUCUUUCUGUGGUUUGUUAAUCCUAUGAUUUCUCAUUGUAUUUUCUUUCUCAGGGCCUGCGCUACAAAUGCCCUUAAAGAUGUAGUUAUCUACUUCUCGAAGGAACAUGGACAAGUAGCCGUGAGUAAGAGGACUAUUUAAAACUGCUCCUCUGAGCUGACUGUCAAUAGGGCAAACACACCACACCUCUUACACAUGACUGAGACAUACUCAGGGUGGACAGGGCAUUGAACUUCAGACAUACUGUACAGACAUACUGUACAGACACACUGUACAUGAUAUACUGGACACUUCUAGGUCCCCAUGGGUAAAAAGAGCUUUUGACCUUUAUUGCAGAGUUUCCCGAACUCGGUCCUGGGCCCCCCACCUCUCGGUGCACGUUUUGUUUUUUGCCCUAGCACUACACAGCUGAUUCAAAUAAUCAAAGCUUGAUGACGAGUUGGUUAUUUUAAUCAGCUGUGUAGUGCUUGGGCAAAAAACAAAAUGUGCACGCAGGGGGGGCCCCAGGACCGAGUUUGGAAAACCUUGCGCUAUGGGAUUUACAGAUUAAAUUAAGGUUAAAGUAAUAUACACUGUGCCAAUGUUCCCUCUAAACGGCGGGUGCUCAGCUCCCCCGGGACUGCUCCUCAGCUACCUCGAGGCUGCCAUGCAGAAGAAAUAUCAGCCCACCGAGAGAAGCACGAGAUUGAACUUCACUCAACUUUCUAGAGCGGUGGUCACCAACCGGUCGAUCGCGAUUGACUGGUCAAUCUCCAAGGCAUUCCUAGUUGAUUGCCAAACAUUUAGGUAAAAACCCAAUGAUAAAGCCUUGUGUUUUUAUUUUGUUUUAGUAGUCUCAGGCUGUUGGUGGUAGGUGCACCCGAUUCAGUUGCCCUGCGCGCCAAGUAGGCGAACAGUUGCCAUUUUGAACCAUUUCAUGUGUCUGAAGGUACAAACUCUGCUUUCUGGCGGGCCCGGAGAGAGCAAAUCAAGUGCACUAUAGGCCUACCGCUGGCCAAUUGGAUGGCUCAGAUUACGUGUCUGCAGUAACGUAGCAGGCAUAAAAGAAAGCUACAGCAAAAUUGAUCCUGUGAGAUUUCAAAAUGUUUAAAAUAAAAACAAUCAAAUCAAAUCAAAUCUUACUUGUCACAUGCGCCGAAUACAACAGGUGUAGUAGACCUUACAGUGAAAUGCUUACUUACAAGCCCUUAACCAACAAUGCAGUUUUAAGAAAAAGUGUUAAAUAAAAAAUAGAUAGGGUGUACAAAUUUGAUUAGAUGUUCAGGAGUCUUAUGGCUUGGGGGAUAGAAGCUGUUAAGAAGCCUUUUGGACCUAGACUUGGUCCAAAAGGCUUCUUUUACCAUUUUUAGGGCCUUCCUCUGACACCUCCUGGUAUAGAGGUCCUGGAUGGCAGGAAGCUUGGCCCCAGUGAUGUACUGGGCCGUACGCACUACCCUCUGUAGUGCCUUACGGUCGGAGGCCGAGCAGUUGCCAUUGAUGCAACCAGUCAGGAUGCUCUCGAUGGUGCAGCUGUAGCACUUUUUGAGGAUCUGAGGACCCAUGCCAAAUCUUUUCAGUCUCCUGAGCGGGAAUAGGCUUUGUCGUGCCCUCUUCACGACUGUCUUGGUGUGUUUGGACCGUGAUAGGUUGUUGGGGAUGUGGACACCAAGGAACUUGAAGCUCUCAACCUGCUACACUACAGCCCCGUCGAUGAGAAUGGGGGCGUGCUCGGACCUCUUUUUCCUGUAGUCCACAAUCAUCUCCUUUGUCUUGAUCAUGUUGAGGGAGAGGUUGUUAUCCUGGCACCACAAGGCCAGAUAUCUGACCUCCUCCCUAUAGGCUGUCUCAUCGUUGUCGGUGAUCAGGCCUACCACUGUUGUGUCGUCGGCAAACUUAAUGAUGGUGUUGGAGUCGUGCCUGGCCAUGCAGUCAUGGGUGAACAGGGAGUAGAGGAGGGGACUGAGCACGCACCCCUGAGGGGUCCCCCUGUUGAGGAUCAGUGUGGAAGAUGUGUUGUUACCUACCCUUACUAUCCUUACCACCUACCCUUACCAUGACUAGAGAGAGACUGUCAACGAAUACAGCAAAGAGCUGCUGUUUUUAGAAGUUAGUUCAUGUUUAAGUUCUUACUCAGCAGCGUCAACACUUUGUAUUCAACACUUUUAUAAGCCAUAAAAUGUGCGUUCUUCCUAUUUCCACAACAACAAUACAGUGAUAAUAUAUGCGGUGAUACAGUAAUGUAUUGGGCCUAUAGCUUACUGCACGAACCUCAUUGCUACAGUACUGUUUUUAAUAGGUUCAUGUUGCAUAGGCUUACGUUUUUUUAAGUCAUGUUAAAAAUGAAAGUGAUCUUGACUCAGAAAAGGUUGGUGACCACUGUUCUAGAAUUUUCCCUGAUAACACUAUUAACAUUUCCCUUUACUGUAGCAAUUGUGAUCGAAUCAACGCAAUAUUAGCCACUUUCAAUGCAACAUACCAAAACAAAACAAACUAUGCAAGAGAUUUUGUUGUAGGCAGAACGCAUCGGAGUAGGAUUCUAUCGCAUUGACACGCACUACUCAGCCCGUACUCUACACAGACAGGUGCGGCAUAAACAAUCAGAGCUGCAGUAGGCCUAUAUGCAAAUAGACCAUUGCCAUAUAUGGUCCUGUGCAGUUUACUUUGAACUGGACUGUGUUUACAGCAUGAGGGGUCAUGAGUAGAUACGCUUGUUUGGAGAUCAAAGCGAGAGCAGCAUGUAGCAACGUGUGCACAUUUUGUUCAUAUCCUUUGCUAGUUAGUGAGUUAUUAGCCCAGUUAUAGAUAAUUUGUAGUCAGCAAUAGGGGAGUGAUUGCCUUCUACAAGAAAAGUGAGUCAGGUAAAGAACUUUUUUUUGUCUUAAAGGGGCAGUGUUGUAUUUUGAGACAGGCUUGAAGAAGCUAAGUAGCCAAUAGGCAGAGGGUAGCAUAAUUUGCCUGAUUCUCUGUAAUAAUGGUAUUUUAUUUUGUAAAGUGGUUUCUUGCAUCAAACAACACAACAAAAUGUUCAGUCACCUCCUUGUCUGAUGAACAAGUGGAUAAACAGGUUAAUGUCAAACCCUGCAUGUUUUUUUUCAAAAGUCUCAUGGAAUGUAGGCCUACAUUGAACACCACACAUUGGCUGCUACUGUAGGCUGAAUGAUUGAACAGCUAUUUCCAUGUUAAAAUGUAAUGGGAUGAAUUUUCUCCAUUGUUUUUGAUGGUAGGCCACUCUGGUAGGCCUACAUUAUGAUCAAAUAGCCACAGUAGCCUACUUGGCCCUGUUAAAACUGUAACUUAAAGCGGGUACAGCCUCAGUGUUCACAGUAAACUCGCGCUGGAAGUUGCACAGAAUUUUCACAAAGUUCAAGUUUGUGCUCAGCAGACCUGAAAUUUGCUCAGUGCCGAAAAUCUUUUGAGGGAACAUUGCACUGUGCCCACAGCUGCUCCUAGCAUCAGAAGUCCACAAUGUUCUGCUACAUUGACUGGAAUGUACAGAUGUAGGAUCUUAAUUUGAGCCAGUUUGCUACAGCAGGAAAAUAAUCCUGCAGCAACAGGUAAUUUGAAUUUCUAUGUGAAUUAUAAUUCAUUGACAUUUUUGUAGGGGUUGAUACAUUUUUCGUUAGGGAAAAUCAAGUCUGAAAUUCUAAAGUGGAAAUGACAAACUAUAGAAUACUUUUUAAAACUCAAAUACACAGGAAAAUGCUCAGCAUCAAAAUAGUGAUACAAUUAAGAUCCUACAUCUGUACAGUAGAUUAAAAUAUAUUUUCUCUCAAAUUACUCUCCUCUUCCCUCCAGGUGUUUGAUGCCACCAACACAACACGGGAGAGGAGGAUAUCCAUUGUGAGCUUUUCCAAGGAAAAAGGCUACAAGGCAGGUUCAGGUGCAGGCCGACUGACAGUCCUGUAACUGCUACUAUACAUAAUGAAUAAACACUUUACUACCACUGUAUCAGCUAAAUACAAAUUAGAAUGGUGAUAUGCAUUAAAGCUCAAUUUGAACUGGACAAAACCCCUUUGAAAUAAUGAGCACAACUGCAUUUUCCUUACAGGUAUUCUUCGUGGAGUCCAUUUGUGAUGAUCCAGACAUCAUUGCACAGAAUAUCACGGUGAGAAAGUCUACUCUCAAACCUUACUCUCAAAUACCGAAGGGCUGUCUGUUUCUAAGAUGCCAAACUCUACAAGAUGUUAAACUCUACACUGUGACACUGACCUUUGUCCCAGGAAGUGAAGGUGAGCAGCCCAGACUAUGUGAACUGUGACAAGGAUGAGGCGCAGGCAGACUUCCUGAAACGUAUCGAGUGCUACAAGCAAACCUAUGUGCCUUUAGACGAUGAGAAAGACAGGUAGAGUUCAACAGACUGUGCCGACUAGCCACGUCCCAGAACUGUUUGUGCCGUCUUGCCAACUCCUGUAUAGUCAUUGUCAAAAAAAGAAUCUGGGAUCAGGCUUUAUGCCAACAGCUUCUCUCCCCAAAUGAGAGAAAGACUAAAAACGAAACUGAAAACAAUACUUGGUUAUCCAAUACCUGUGAUUAACAAAAAAUCCAUCUCUGCUUCUGUUUUCCUGUAUUUCCCCUACAUGUUAUUGUGUCUGCACCUGUCUUAAAUAAUAAUUGUCUCCCUAUGUGUCUCUCUAUAUUUCUCAUACAAAGGCACCUGUCUUACAUCAAGAUCUUCAACGUGGGCUCUAGGUACCUGGUGAACCGUGUGCAGGACCACAUCCAGAGCCGGAUCGUCUACUAUCUCAUGAACAUCCACGUCACGCCGCGCUCUAUCUACUUGAGCCGCCACGGGGAGAGCGAGCUGAACCUGCUGGGUCGCAUUGGGGGAGACUCAGGACUCUCUCCCAGGGGUCACAAGGUCAGUAGGCCACACAGCCUCUGUGUAUAUGACAUGAAUCUCGGCUCCCAGAACCUAAUCAGCUAACAUUCUCAUAUUUAGCCUGUCACCAGAGACUAAUAUUACAUCGUUGUUUUAAUCCAGAUAUAAUGCUAUUGUCCCACCCAAUUACUUAAUGUAUUGGGCCGUGCCUUAUGUAGACAAGAAAAAAACCAUAAAGCUUGGUGCAUGUGACAUACAGUACAGUGGGGAGAACAAGUAUUUGAUACACUGCCGAUUUUGCAGGUUUUCCUACUUACAAAGCAUGUAGAGGUCUGUAAUUUUAAUCAUAGGUACACUUCAACUGUGGUAGACGGAAUCUAAAACAAAAUCCAGAAAAUCACAAUGUAUGAUUUUUAAGUAAUUAAUUUGCAUUUUAUUGCAUGACAUAAGUAUUUGAUCACCUACCAACCAGUAAGAAUUCCGGCUCUCACAGACCUGUUAGUUUUUCUUUAAGAAGCCCUCCUGUUCUCCACUCAUUACCUGUAUUAACUGCACCUGUUUGAACUCGUUACCUGUAUAAAAGACACCUGUCCACACACUCAAUCAAACAGACUCCAACCUCUCCACAAUGGCCAAGACCAGAGAGCUGUGUAAGGAUAUCAGGGAUAAAAUUGUAGACCUGCACAAGGCUGGGAUGGGCUACAGGACAAUAGGCAAGCAACUUGGUGAGAAGGCAACAACUGUUGGCGCAAUUAUUAGAAAAUAGAAGAAGUUCAAGAUGACGGUCAAUCACCCUCGGUCUGGUGCUCCAUGCAAGAUCUCACCUCGUGGGGCAUCAAUGAUCAUGAGGAAGGUGAGGGAUCAGCCCAGAACUACACGGCAGGACCUGGACAAUGACCUGAAGAGAGCUGGGACCACAGUCUCCAAGAAAACCAUUAGUAACACACUACGCCGUCAUGGAUUAAAAUCCUGCAGCGCACGCAAGGUCCCCCUGCUCAAGCCAGCGCAUGUCCAGGCCCGUCUGAAGUUUGCCAAUGACCAUCUGGAUGAUCCAGAGGAGGAAUGGGAGAAGGUCAUGUAGUCUGAUGAGACAAAAAUAGAGCUUUUUGGUCUAAACUCCACUCGCCGUGUUUGGAGGAAGAAGAAGGAUGAGUACAACCCCAAGAACACCAUCCCAACCGUGAAGCAUGGAGGUGGAAACAUCAUUCUUUGGGGAUGCUUUUCUGCAAAGGGGACAGGACGACUGCACCGUAUUGAGGGGAGGAUGGAUGGGGCCAUGUAUCGCGAGAUCUUGGCCAACAACCUCCUUCCUUCAGUAAGAGCUUUGAAGAUGGGUCGUGGCUGGGUCUUCCAGCAUGACAACGACCCGAAACACACAGCCAGGGCAACUAAGGAGUGGCUCCGUAAGAAGCAUGUCAAGGUCCUGGAGUGGCCUAGCCAGUCUCCAGACCUGAACCCAAUAGAAAAUUUGGAGGAAGCUGAAAGUCCGUAUUGCCCAGCGACAGCCCCGAAACCUGAAGGAUCUGGAGAAGGUCUGUAUGGAGGAGUGGGCCAAAAUCCCUGCUGCAGUGUGUGCAAACCUGGUCAAGACCUACAGGAAACGUAUGAUCUCUGUAAUUGCAAACAAAGGUUUCUGUACCAAAUAUUAAGUUCUGCUCUUCUGAUGUAUCAAAUACUUAUGUCAUGCAAUAAAAUGCAAAAUAAUUACUUAAAAAUCAUACAAUGUGAUUUUCUGGAUUUUUGUUUUAGAUUCCGUCUCUCACAGUUGAAGUGUACCUAUGAUAAAAAAUUACAGACCUCUACAUGCUUUGUAAGUAGGAAAACCUGCAAAAUCGGCUGUGUAUCAAAUACUUGUUCUCCCCACUGUAUAUGUGUCUCAAGGGGUUGGGUUGAAAGCAAAAAGAUCACAUUUAAUUAUCCGCAAAGAAAAUGGACAACAAAGCAUUCUUCUAUAGUAAAUUAUUGUGUAAACAAUCACCCCCCCCACACACACUCCCUGUGAACAUGGUCUGUCCCUGUAGUAUGCCACUGCCCUGGGGGGCUUCAUCAAGGGCCAGCAUAUAAAGGAUCUGAAGGUGUGGACCAGCCAUAUGAAGAGGACCAUCCAGACUGCAGAGCAUCUGGGGAUCCCAUACGAACAGUGGAAGGCUCUCAAUGAGAUUGAUGCAGUAAGUCACUGUUUACUGCUGAGUUUAAAUGAGAUUGAUGCAGUAAAUCACUGUUUACUGCUGAGUUUAAAUUAGAUUGACGCAGUAAGUCACUGUUUACUGCUGAAUUUAAAAGAGAUUGAUGCAGUAAGUCACUGUUUUACUGCUGAAUUUAAAUGAGAUCGAUGCAGUAAGUCACUGUUUACUGCUGAGUUUAAACAAAAUGUAUGCAUUUAAUCACUGUUUACUGUUGAGUUUAAACGAGAUUGAUGCAGUAAGUCACUGUUUACUGUUGUGUUUAAACGAGAUUGAUCCAUUUAAUCACUGUUUACUGUUGAGUUGAAAUGAGAUUGAUGCAUUUAAUCACUGUUUACUGCUGAGUUCAAACGAGAUUGAUGCAGUAAGUCACUGUUUACUGUUGAGUUUAAACAAGAUUGAUGCAGUAAGUCACUGUUUACUGCUGAGUUUAAACGAGAUUGAUGCAUUUAAUCACUAUUUACUGCUGAGUUAAACAAGAUUGAUGCAUUUAAUCACUGUUUACUGUUGAGUUUAAGCAUACAUUUUAUGUGAGUGUGUAACGCAUGUAUACAGUUUACAGUGAAUGCGUGACCAACUGGGGUAAAGUAGUAGCCUACUGUAAGUAGUAGCCUACUGAGCUAAAGUCAAUGCAUUGCCCCGAAGAGCUAAUGCAAGUCUUCCGGUCUCGGGAUAGUUUACUCAUCAUUGUGCAUGCCUGUACCACUCACUGACAUCUUCCCUGCACCGUCCGUUCCUCAUCAGGGUGUGUGUGAGGAGUUGACAUACGAGGAUAUCCAGGAGAACCACCCAGAAGAGUUUGCACUGAGAGACCAGGACAAGUACCGGUACCGUUACCCCAAGGGUGAGGUAGGACCUGUCUUAAUUCACCACACACUGCUUACCAAAUACACACAAAAUAUACAUACACUGUACAUUACUCAGACAAACUGUGCUGAUCUUAGUACAACACCUAGCGAUCUUAGUACAACACCUACUUUAGCCAUCCAAGUACAACACCUUACCAUCUUAGUACAACACCUAGCAAUCUUAGUACAACACCUAGCCAUUUUAGUACAACACCUAGCCAUCUUAGUACAACGCCUACUUUAGCCAUCCUAGUACAACACCUAGCCAUCUUAGUACAACACCUAGCGAUCUUAGUACAACACCUAGCCAUCUUAGUACAACACCUAGCCAUCUUAGUACAACACCUAGCCAUCUUAGUACAACACCUAGCGAUCUUAGUACAACACCUACUUUAGCCAUCUUAGUACAACGCCUAGCCAUUUUAGUACAACACCUAGCGAUCUUAGUACAACACCUACUUUAGCCAUCUUAGUACAACGCCUAGCCAUCUUAGUACAACACCUAGCCAUCUUAGUACAACGUCUAGCCAUCUUAGUACAACGCCUAGCUAUCUUAGUACAACACCUAGCCAUCUUAGUACAACACCUACUUUAGCCAUCUUAGUACAACGCCUAGCCAUCUUUGUACAACACCUAGUGAUCUUAGUGCAACACCUUCUUUAGCCAUCUUAGUACAACACCUAGCGAUCUUAGUACAACACCUACUUUAGCCAUCUUAGUACAACGCCUAGCCAUUUUAGUACAACACCUAGCGAUCUUAGUACAACACCUACUUUAGCCAUCUUAGUACAACGUCUAGCCAUCUUAGUACAACACCUAGCCAUCUUAGUACAACGCCUAUCCAUCUUAGUACAACACCUACUUUAGCAUAUUAGUACAACGCCUAGCCAUCUUAGUACAACACCUAGCCAUCCUAGUAAAACACCUAGCCAUCUUAGUACAACACCUAGCCAUCUUAGUACAACACCUAGCCAUCUUAGUACAACACCUAGCCAUCUUAGUACAACACAUAGCUACCCUAGUAGAGGUGGAUCUGAGUGACUGGGAAAGAUAAUUAAAAAUUAUGUUUUUUAUUGUCACAUACACCGGAUAGGCGUAGUGAAAUAAUAAUAAUAAUAAUAAUAACAUGCCAUUUAGCAGACGCUUUUAUCCAAAGCGACUUACAGUCAUGUGCGCAUACAUUUUUACGUAUGGGUGGUCCCGGGGAUCGAACCCACUACCCUGGCGUUACAAGCGCCAUGCUCUACCAAUUGAGCUACAGAGGACCAUGUGUGGGUCAGCCAUAGCAGUACGUCAGCCCUGGAGCAAAUUAGGGUUAAGUGCCUUGCUCAAGGGCACAUCAACAGAUUUUUCACCUUGUCGGCUCAGGUAUUCAAACCUUUCCAGCACGAACCAAGCCGAGCUGGUAAGGAAGGAAAGAAAAUAGAAAGCAUGGUGUGGUUCAGGUUGGUGAAAUAGUGUGAAAAAGGUACAUUUCCUGGUACGAUUCCUUUUCCUCUCUCUACCACAGUCAUAUGAAGACCUGGUCCACCGUCUGGAGCCAGUCAUCAUGGAGCUGGAGAGACAGGAGAAUGUGCUGGUCGUGUGUCACCAAGCCGUCAUGCGUUGCCUGCUUGCCUACUUACUAGACAAAACCGCAGGUACUUUACAGUAGGAUAACAGUCCAACAAGAUAUGGAUUUAUUUGGCAUUGUCUUGUGGUAAUGAUGUUGGUCAUAUCCAAGAUUAUCUCGUCACCCAGAACCAAAUCUCGCAUGCGCGCUGGACUAGAGACAUGUACAACUUUGUUUUCCCACAGAUGAGUUGCCAUACCUAAAAUGCCCACUUCAUACGGUGUUCAAACUUACACCGGUGGCCUAUGGUAAGUUGUUGUCAAAAUGGACUUUAACAAAUUCAUAUGCUGUAAUUUUAUCCAACAAUUUCACUCAUAUCUCUUUCUCCUGGUACAGGGUGUAGAGUGGAGCAUAUUUGCCUAAACAUUGAGGCAGUCAACACGCACAGAGAGAGACCUGGGGUAAGCUUUACAAAAUAUAUCAAUUUAUUCCAAGCACAAUAUGAAAAUCUUAUAAGAGAUUCCACAAAUCCAACGGUGUGACUCCAUUUGUGUUGUUGUUGUUGUAGAAUGUGGACGUAACCAGAGACCCAGAAGAGGCGCUGAAGACUAUUCCUGACCACUUUUGAAUAUGAUUUAGAGGAUAUGGACUCUAGGACCAUACUGAACCAGCAAUAUUAUAUUUUCAAGUUUUAACUUUAUUUUUCGAUCAUUUAUGUCUUUGUACCUUUUCAUACUAAACCUUGUCAAAAGCAAGUGUCAAAGGGAAAAAAGAUAAGGAAGAACACUGGAUGAAUACAAGAUCAAAAAUGACAAACCGCACUGCCUACAGAAACAGUGAGGGGGGAUAUUGACUUUCUGCCUCCUAAUGGCAACAUGGGACGGCUAAAGCCCAGUACUGUAUGAGUGUUGUUGACUGACCUAUAAUGUCCAAGAAAUGUGCCUCAGUCUGCUCUGUCUGACCCUGGAGUCUCAUGGUGAAGUGCAGUUGGACAGGCGGUGUCAGAGGUGGUUUGGCAUAGAAUUGUGUGAAAGUGGCCUAACAUGUUGAGGUCAAUCAAACGUUUUCUCAGACAAUUCUAACAAAGAAAAAAAUGUCAUCCAU